AUGGCACCCACGGUACUCCCUGAGUCUGGCAACCCACUGGUGUUUUUUGACAUUACACUCGGAGGCGAGCCUCUCGGCCGAAUUACAUUUGAGCUCUUCAAGAAUGUGGUUCCCCGGACAGCCGAGAACUUCCGCCAGUUCUGCACGGGCGAGAGCAAGAACCAUCUAGGUCGCCCGCAGGGCUACAAGGGCUCCAAGUUUCAUCGAAUUAUCCCGAACUUCAUGUGCCAAGGCGGCGACUUCCUCAACGGCGACGGCACGGGCUCGACAUGCAUCUACGGCACCAAAUCGUUUGCCGACGAGAACUUUGACCUCAAGCACGAUCAGCCAGGGUUGCUGUCUAUGGCUAACGCCGGGCCCAACACGAACGGGUCGCAGUUCUUCAUCACAACGGUGCCGACGCCCUUUUUGGACGGCAAGCACGUCGUGUUCGGCAAGGUGGUGGACGGCAUGGACAUAGUCAGGAAGAUGGAACACACCAAGACGGGCUACCGCGGCAAGGACGUGCCCAACCUGGACGUGGUCAUCGCCCAGUGCGGCGAGAUGUAGUUACUAGUACCUAUACGCCGGCGGUAAACAGUCAGGUAGGGGAGGGAAUUGAUAAAGUUGCACACGUUGAGGUGAGCUGGCGUCGCUAGAUUCUGGGUGUAAACAAUGGGGCUAUGUGAUGAAUCAGGGGAAAUGGGGAGGAUGGAAUUUCACAACAAAGAGCACUAAUUAUCAAGAGAUUCAUCAAGCCUGCAGUACCUAUGGAACGAGGACAUUGCUUGUAAUUAAAUGCUGUAGGAUCAAUCU